CAUCUAGUAGUCCCAUUCUCGUACUAGAGCGUGUUUAUGUCGUAAAAUGUUAUCGCGUGGUAGUGUUUACAGUGAAAGUAUUGUUUACAGAAUUGAGUACAGUAAUAGGUGCGCUAGAAUUUGACAAGCCGAAAAUAUUUACUUAAGUACGUGUAAUAAAUAAAUACAUAAUUGGUCAGUCAGGCAAACUGGUGAAGGUGCAUUCAUCCUGUACCUGCCAGUUCAGGUCAAACGUCAGCAGCCAUCAAACUGCAACAGUUCCUGCAGUGGAUAUGUCCCGUAGAAAGGUUACUACUUAUGGGAGGGUGGCCUAUCAAAGAUUACCUGGGAAUGACACCGUUGAUUUCAUUGAUGCACAGUUUGAGAAGCCAGCUGCUCAGAUACCUUGGAAGUCAAUAGUCCUGGCAUCAGUGCUCUGCUUUGGAGGCACAAUUCUGCUUUUAGUGGGCAGCUUACUUGUGACUGGGCACAUUGAAGCUAAGUACGCGGAUCGGACAUGGCCUUUACUCAUUUUGGGAUCCAUCAUGUUUUUGCCAGGAGCAUACCACAUACGCAUAGCAUAUUGUGCAUUUCGACGAUAUCCGGGUUACUCAUUUGAUGAUAUACCCGAGUUUGAUUGAAAUUCCAGAACAGCAGAAUCAUCUAGUGUUCACUCAAAUCUUGCAAAGACAGUUUCAAGAAAUGGCUAGAAAUGUUUCUCUUUUCACCUCCUGUGCACCAAAACACAUUCUCUCAAUAUCUUUUUUUGUGAAGAUCAUCAAUUAACAUUGCACAAUCAAAUAGUAUAAA